UUAUUCAAGGUCGAAGUAGUUACAUAUGAGAAAAAUGUGGUAAUGAAACAUAUGUUGUAAUUAACCGUGAGAAUGCGCACAGCUAAGGGAACGUAUACACUUGUUUGGAACUCAAUAUAAAUACCCAAAGCCAAGUAGCAAUAUCAUCUACUUGUUCCAACUACAAAGAACAUUCAGAACUCUCCAAAGAUGAAGGUCUUUAUCUCUCUCUGUGCCCUCGUGCUUCUCGCACACGCUGCCCAAUCUGCCGACCGUAUCGUCGGCGGUUCCGAUGUUACCAGCACUACUUUUGCCCCAUGGCAGGCUUCACUUCAAGUGAGUGGCAGCCACUUCUGUGGAGGAUCCGUCAUCAGUGCAACUCGCAUCAUGUGCGCAGCUCACUGCGUCCAAUCCCCAGCCUCCAGCACAACUGUCGUAGUUGGAACCACUGACUACAGAUUCCCUGGCCAAUCCAGACAAGUUGUCGCUUGGGUUGCUCACCCCAGCUACAAUUCCCAAACCAUCGACUACGAUUAUUCCAUGAUCACAAUCUCUGCUUUGAACCUUAACUCUGAAGUUGCUGCCAUCGUAGUUGCAUCACAAGAAUACGCCGCUGGAACCCAGGCUCUUAUCACUGGAUGGGGCAAGACAUCCGGAGGAAUCUUUGGACAAAUCCCACACACACUUCAGUACGCUUACACCAGCUUGAUCUCCCAAACUGAAUGCAAAGCCACCUGGGGAAGCCAAGUAACCAAUAGAAUGCAAUGCGCUAACAACAAUUCCAACAGUGCUUGCAACGGUGACUCUGGUGGUCCACUUGCUGUCAAUGACAACGGUACCUGGAAGUUGGUAGGAAACACCUCAUGGGGCUCAUCAGGCUGCGGUACAUCUUACCCAUCUGCCUGGUCCAAGAACUCAGCUGCCUACAGCUGGAUCACGAGCCACAUGUACAACAAGCAGCAAUAUCAUCUACUUGUUCCAACUACAAAGAACAUCCAGAACUCUCCAAAGAUGAAGGUCUUUAUCUCUCUCUGUGCCCUCGUGCUUCUCGCACACGCUGCCCAAUCUGCAGACCGUAUUGUAGACGGUGCUGAUGUCACCAGCACUACUUUUGUCCCAUGGCAAGUUUCCCUCCAGAAGAGCGGCAGCCACUUCUGUGGAGGAUCCGUCAUCAGCGCAACUCGCAUCAUGUGCGCAGCUCACUGCGUCCAAACCCCAGCAUCCAGCACAACUGUCGUAGUUGGAACCACUGACUACAGAUACCCUGGCCAAUCCAGAACUGCUCUCAGUUGGCUCCGUCACCCAAGCUACAACUCCCAAACCAUCGAUUACGAUUAUUCCAUGAUCACAGUCUCUGCUUUGACCCUUAACUCUGACGUUGCUGCCAUCGAAGUUGCAUCACAAGAAUACGCCGCUGGAACCCAGGCUCUUAUCACUGGAUGGGGCAAGACAUCCGGAGGAAUCUUUGGACAAAUCCCAGAUAACCUUCAGUUCGCUUACACUGACUUGAUCUCCCAACUCCAAUGCAAAGCAAGCUGGGGAAACCAAGUAACCGAUAGAAUGCAAUGCGCUGGAGGAGUUGGCGUGAACAGUGGUUGCCAAGGUGACUCCGGCGGCCCACUCGCUGUCAAUGACAACGGUACCUGGAAGUUGGUAGGAAACACCUCAUGGGGUUCAUCUAACUGUAAUAUUGCCGUACCAUCCGCAUGGUCCAAGAACUCAGCUGCCUACAGCUGGAUCAUGAGCCACAUGUAAACGUAAUGUGACAAUAAGCAUCCAACAAUAAAUAAAGUUGUUGCCGAA